AUUAGCAACCCGUGGUGCGCUCGCGCCAGUAGCGCGAUUAGCCCCGAACGACACACACGAUGGUAGCGCAUACGCACGCGCUCGCCGCCGCGCUUUUGUGUGCGCUGGCUGGACAACUCGGUACUGGUGCAAGUCUCCACUGUGCCAUGAGAAGAGAAAUCUCCCCCUGUACUUGCCGUCGCGAAGAAACUAGCACUGGAAAUAUUUUAGUCGUCUGCCAGAGAGUCAACACUUACGAGGAUAUUGCUCGAGCCCUCACCAACAAGUUCAGUCCCGAGACCAAGAUCGGACUUGAGAUAUCCUACUCGCAAAUGCCGGAUUUUAUUGAUCAUAGCUUCCGAGAACUCGGUCUUUCCAUCACAAAACUUAAACUCAACUUCGACAACCUAAGCGAACUGAAAGAAAGUGUUUUCACGAGGCUUGAUUUGGUGGAUUACUUCAGUCUGGCUGACAACGCUCUAAUGGAUAUGCAGCGUCACGUUUUACGCCACUUGCCGCAUGUGAAAACCCUUGACUUGCGUCGGAAUAAGAUUGCGAAACUUACCGAAGAAGACUUUCAGGAAAUUCAAGAAGUCGAAAAUUUAGUAGUAGCAGAUAACCAAAUAUCAAAAAUCGAAAGGAAUGCCUUGCCCAAAGCUUUGAAACAUCUUCAUCUCGGAAUCAACAAACUGGUUACUCUGAACGGGGCACUCAGGGAUUUGGACGACUUGGAAUGGAUAUUUAUUAACGCAAACAAUUUAAAAUCUAUAGACAAUGAAUUGCCACUUAAAGCCAAAAGACUUGUUUUCAUCCACGCAGCCCGCAACGAGUUAGAAAAUUUGCCAAAAGAUUUGAGGCAAAUGCCUUCGCUAGAAUCACUUUAUUUCUACGACAAUCAAAUCAAGUCCUUAGACGGGGCUUUGCAGAAAUCUCGAAGGCUUAUGAGAAUUGGACUAUCAUUUAAUAAAAUUGAAUCUCUGGCCGAAGAUGAAUUUGCAGAAGCUGACAUAUUGGCCGACUUGGACAUUGCCUAUAACCAACUGAAAUCAUUGAAUGGUUCGCUAAGAAGCUUAAAGAAUCUGCGUUAUUUGAACCUUACUCACAAUCUUCUGACUGAGUUUUCACUGCAAGAAAUCAAGGGACUAAAAAGAUUGUCCGUUAUUGAUCUUUCACAAAAUAAGAUCAGUUUCAUAACUGGCAAAAUGGAGAAUCUUGUUGAUGUAGAAACUAGUGUACUAGAAUUGAGAUUGGAUCACAACCGAUUGAUUAAUUUGGGUGGAGCGCUAAUGGGUCUUCAUGGCUUGCUACGAUUAAAUCUUAGCAAUAAUCAGCUGCAAAAAAUUACACCCGAUGAUUUCAUCGGUCUGGAAGAUCUAAGACUUCUGGAUAUUUCACACAACAACAUUUCUACUUUAGAAGAAACAUCUCAGACGUAUUUGCCAUCACUGGAGGAGUUAAUUGCCCAUCAUAAUAAUCUUACUGCUUUGGACAAGGAUUUCCACGGGUUGCCGUCCCUUUGCGUUGCUGAUCUAUCUUUUAACCAUAUCCAAUCCAUGAACUAUGAUCUAGUGUCUAAAUCACGCUGUACGAUAAACGGAAUUCCCAGUACACUGAAAAUUUAUCUGCAAGAUAACCCUGUGCUAUGUGAUGAGCGUCUUAGUGAGGUGACAACUGUAUGGGAAAGAUUAAAUGCUCGUGUCAGUGGCAUAUCAUCUUGUGCACCUCCUCAAACCACAGCCCCAGUACUAAUGCGUGCUCUCAAUGAUAUAGUGCCACAAGAUGACGCUCCAGUCAUUGUGGUGGCGCAAAUGGAACUAGGAGAGAGAGAGCCAGUACCGACUGGGCCUCAAUACACAUAUCGCCGCGUAGGCGCUCUCAUCGGGCAAUUGCUGCCUGAUCGUGAAGGAGGCUUGCCGGUACUAGUGGAGCCACCCGUAACACUGCCUCCUGCCAGCACAAACGUGGUCGUGAAAUGGCCCGAUGAGCGAAGAACGGAAGAGCACGCGCACCCUCUAGCUGACCAUUUACGGCUGCGUGAUCUCAACGCCUCUCCGCAGUGAAAAAGUUUAAUCGAGGCGCUGCAGUGAGAGCGCCGUUGCCGUCGAACUGAGUGCUUCCCCUUAGUAAAUAUACUGCCCCUAUAGACUAAGGGCACUGUUUGGACGGGUGCGUGGAUUUUUAAAAUUAUUAAGAUACCUUCCUAUUAGGUCCGAUUAGGUUGUUGAAUAAUUGAUUGAAUAGGAGUGUUUCUUACAAACAUUGACAAUGUGUCCUUCAAAUUAGGUAUUCACAUAGAAUCAAGAGGUUUUUAGGUAAUAUAAUAUUGUAGUGAAUAAAGAAGUCACAGAAAUACAUUAUGUAGGUACAAUACAACUGUAUGAUAGAUGAGCGUAUGGCCAAAGUUAUUAAUAACGUAAACGUGAUAUGAGAUUAAAGAACCAAAUUAUAUACCAUCAGUUUUAGUUAAGAAAAUUUGUAGAGGUACAAAAAUAUAAUUUAUGUAAAAUAAUUUUCUAAGUUAGAGGAUAUUAUUGUGUUACUGUAUUUAUAUUACGGUAUAAUAAAACUUGUACACAAUUCUAAUGUAGUCAUUCAUUUAAUUUCCAAUCAGUAUAAUGAGAAAAUGCCGAAAAUUUCAAAUUUUGGAAUUGACGUAGUUAAAUGUCAAAUUAAAUUUUGUUUUCCUGUAAUUUGAUGAAUUGGUUGAUGAGCAAUAAGUAAAUAGUUUGUUGUGUUUUUAGAACUAGAUAAGUACCAAAAUGUAUGACGUUAAAAUAUGUACCU